AACUUUAAAGAGGUGACAUCAAGUAUUGUUUUAACAAGAAUUGACUAUUACUUCCAAGUCGUAUCGCCUACUUAUAACUUAAGUGAACAUGCAGCUUGCGGAUAUUAAAGCAUUUCUCGUUGGUCAUGGUCAACCACACCGGAAGAGCCAAAAGACCCUACAGACCUAUUCUAUCUUAUUCUCAAAUCCGGAGAGCUUCAUUGACGCCCCAACAAGUACCGAGAGCACGAGCGAUGAUCCUAGCUUUGAUAGCCUUCGGUUGGACCACCAGCGGAUUUCAUCUUCGGGUCGCCUCUCCGAGUUCCUUUCCCACUUCACCUUGGGGUUCGCCGAUGGGCUCACGGUUCCCUUCGCGCUGACGGCCGGCCUGUCGUCCCUAGGCCACACUAAGACGGUCAUCUACGCCGGGAUGGCCGAAAUCUGCGCGGGGUGCAUUAGCAUGGGCAUCAGCGGGUAUCUCGCGGCGAAAGGGGACGCGGCAGCGAAGACUCGAGAGCGCGGCGAGGAUCUCGUGCUGGCUGGCAGAGAUAACAUCUGCGAAUAUCUAGCUCCGCUGGAACUUCCGCCUGAUCUUCUCCGGUGCGUGAACGCUCACAUCGAUUAUAACCCUGCUGUGUCGAGACGCCUGCUGUCCCACUUGAACUCGGCUGCCGACGGUUUGACGUGUAUGACCAAGGCGUUCCCGCCGAUCGUGGUUGGACUAUCGGUAUCUGUCGGGUACGUGCUUGGCGGCCUGCUGCCGAUGUUCCCGUACUUCUUCGUUAGCGAAGUCGCCGACGGUCUGCGGUGGAGCUUUGCCGUCUGCAUUCUGUCCUUGUUUGUCUUCGGGUUCGCCAAGGAUUAUCUUCUGCACAACGAACCCGCGAAAAGGAGUUGGCAAUACGGUGAUGAAGGAAGGGGCCCGGUCUCGUGGGACAGGAUGAAGAAAGGCUUCUGGGAAGGAAUGCGAAUGGUCGUUAUGGGAGGUAUUGCCGCCGUGGCGGCUGUUCUAUGUGUCAGACUCUUCGAGGAUAUGGUGCCGUAAACCAUGAUAUCAUCCCUAGCAAACAUUGUAUGACCCCAUCACUAUAUCACGUUGUUGUAUCCUUUCCUGGGCCUCUUAGAUAAUAACCUGAGUCAUAAGAUGGCCUAGACUUGGCAGUUCGUUUGUCACCGAAAUGCCCUGAGUUGUUGUUAGAGUAGCUGUGCCCCUGGUGGU